CGUGCAUACCGGCUGUUUCCUCCCCCCCUCUUGCUCUCAGUCUGCGUGCUGUAGCCCUGCUGUGCGGUCCUCUCAGUCCUCUGUUGUAGCACCAAAGGGAGGAGGAGCCACCGUCUCACACACACACUUUCACCCACGCAUACUCACACGGACACGCACAGUCAUCUCACAUCAUCUCUUCCGCACGCUCACUGUAAGCACCAGCAAAGCCAGUCAGCCAGGUCCGUUUGGAGCAGGGGAGCAGAUUCGUCGCCCAAAAUGGAUGUACUGAUGAAGGGGUUCUCCAUGGCCAAGGAGGGGGUGGUGGCCGCUGCAGAGAAGACCAAAGCUGGCAUGGAGGAGGCAGCAGCCAAGACCAAGGAAGGGGUGAUGUAUGUAGGCAAUAAGACAAAGGAGGGAGUAAACACAGUCGCCAACAGGACCGGCGUGGACCAGGCCAACAUCGUCGGAGACACGGCGGUGGGUGCAGCCAACGAAGUUUCACAAGCAUCCGGAGAGGGGCUCGAGAAUGUCGGCGCGUCGACCGGAAUGGUCAACCAGGAGGAGCCUGUAUAUGAGGGAGAAUAUGGAGGGAUGGAGCAGGGUGGGGAGGGAGGAGAGGGUUAUUAGUCAUCUCCAGGACCUCCCUUACCGUUCUCUCCGACGGCCCCUCGCUCCCCUCGCCUCGCUGUACCAGACUCCAGAUGUCCGACAUAUUUUUUUGUGACUUUACAGAACCAAAAUCAACUCAAACAGACUCUUCCAGAUGCCGCACCUGAGCCCCGCCUUCCUACCUGCACCUACUCUGCCUCACCCUUCGUGAUGCUCCCUCCCAUCACCUAUCCUCUCCCCUUUCUGCAGCCUGUAGCUCUGUUUUCUUUCACUGCCUGUCUCACCCUUGCCUCACCCGUGUGUUAGUGUGGUCCUUGUGUUGUUACCGCCCCCACCCCCCACUUGCCUAACAACCUUUAGGGACUCCUCCCACACAAACACACAGUGCACGCACAAACACACACACACACACACGAAAAAGUGAUACACCUUCAUUCCACACAUACAUUAAACACACACAUACAGUACAUACAGUUGAAGCCAGCACAGACACACACACUGGGCAACCACAACAAUGACUCACUGUGUGACUGAGGCAGGGUGUGUGAGGGUGUGUGCAAUCUUCUCUUUUUAUGCCUUUUCUCCAUGAUAGCUUAUAUAUAUAUAUAUAUAUUUGAGUGUAUGUGUGAGUGUAUGUGUGUGUGUGUGUGUGUGUGUGUGUGUGUGUGUGUGUGUGUGUGAGUGUGUGUGCGUGUGUUUGCAUGUGUAGCUGAUGACGUAUAAACUAAAUCUCCAGAGGCGUUAAAGACAGGUCUCAUUCUGUUGUGUGUGUGCAGUAGUUAGUAAGCUACAAUAGCCUGCAUGCACAUGUGUGUGGAAUGACUCGUCUCGUGUUGUAACAAUAGAGUAGCGGCUGUUUUGUGUAGCUUUGUAUAGCUUAGUGUGUGUUUGGCGUCUGCAUUUAUUAGAAACAGGGUUAUAACAGUGUCAUUAACCAGGAAGCAAUACACUGCGCUCAUCUGUCUCAGCCGUUUGAGCAACAAUAUGGUUUGUGUUUAGUGAUGCACGAGAAGACAAGAGCAGUUGUUCCAUGUGGUGUUAUGCAGUCUUGUACUUUUAAAGAACGCCUCUGUAACAGUCAAUAUUUUUAGAGUGAGUAAACGGAACAAGUGAGCUUUGCAUUAUCGGGUUAAACAGUCAAUAAAUAUUGCUUUGGUUAGAUUUCAUUGACAGGAGCAUCCCCCCCUGCAAACAACAAGAUUUUGUUUCCUAAAUUCUGAUUGGCUCAUGGAAAGUCUUCCCCCACCUAGCGUAGAGAGCAUUAAAAAAAUGUCCCGUGCUGACUUGAGGGAAAAAAAAUAAUGCUUACAUGUAAACCUCUGUUACAAAUAAUAAAACUGUAUUUCGAAAUCAAAUAUAGAAUUGAAAUAAUACAAAGAAAAUCAUGCUGGAUCUCUGACGUUAUAUGCAUUAAAUACUUCAAAUUACUUUUAAAAUGAGGAACAGUAAAUCCUGUAUUUGAAUACUGGAAUGUCAAAGGUUAAUGAGGAAUUAAAAAGUUCUCAUAUGGCAUAUAUUUAUGUUUGACAAGAUGAAAUAUGUCGUCCUUUUUUUAUUCAAAGCUACUUGCAUGGAACUUAAAGGGAAAACUAGGUUUCAAAAGCUUAAAUCAAGGAUGAGACGCUUGCAGCUGAUACAGAUACCUCUUGUUAUUGUGUUGUUGCUUUUUAGUCUUUGUGUGCAUGCCACCGAGAGAAACGAACAGGUUGUUGAGAUUACUGUGAUGAAAAACCUCAAUUCAGUCCGCUUAGAGAGCAGAAUGAAGGUUUAGGUUUCAGCAUAUAUCAGCUUUAUAUGUAGUACUGUGUCCAGCUUGAAUUCUGGGAUAUGUAGUUGUUUUUUUAAGGGUAGUUAAAUUCACUUUACUUAGUCUGAAGCCUCGCCGUUCUGAAGCUCCCACCUAUCAACUGUGUCAGCCAAUCAGAGGACUUCCUUCUCCUGUCGCAUCUCUCACUGCUUGUCUGCCCGGCAUCAGUGUGUGUGUCUGUAAGCACUUUAUGUGUGUGUUAUAUAUAUAUGUGCGUGGUAACAUAGAACCUGUUAAGCCAGCAAAGUGUGUGUGUGUGUGUGUUUGUUUGUGUGUGUGUUUGUGUCUGGAUCAGGUUUGUGUGUUUUUACUUUGAGGCCAAUGGAAACUGAUGACUGCAUGUUGCCUUAUCAAGCAAUCUGACAUUCACACACACACACAGACUCUACACGACACUACACUUAAACUUACACACACACACAGCACACUUCUACACCAAAUCACAAAAUCCCACACAAAGACAAAUCGCACACCAUGUUUAAGUUGGCAUCAAAGCAGAUUUGCUGAUUUUAUAAACAGUACCAGUGAAAUAAAAGAUUUUGUUGAAAUCCA